AUGAUUUUGUCCCGUUCUUUGCGAUGGAGAAGGCAAAAUGCGAGACGGGUACUGCUUCUUGCGCUUCUCGGACUGCUCAUUGUAUAUUUAUCACAUGACAACACGCCGGGCCGCAAUGCCACUAGACCUGUCAUUGCUGGGGACUAUGAUAAUGCAACAUCGCCGUACCAUGGGUUUUUCCAAGGGAGUACCUUCAAGAAUGAUAUUGGUUCGAAGGAUUCUGAAAAUAUCUUGUCGAACAUCAGAUCAGCGAGUCCUCAAUCACCGUUUGCCCUCAUUGCCAAGCAUGUAGGUGAGGACAAAUUCCGUCGUAUGGCCAAAUCGAAGAAAUGCCAAUUGUUAAUGAAGACCGUGCUGGAACAGGGCUCGGGACUGGACCAGAGUACAUUACCUAUAUCUGUCGAAAUCAUGAGAAUAUACGCUUACUGCUUUCUUGGGGACGAUCCACUUUACCCCUGGGACAUGCUUGACGAAAGUACACCAGAAGAGACGCUCGCCACUACAACCCGAUUCACCAAACUGGUCUUCCCCUUUCUUGAGACAGGUGACUUCGAUACUCAAAUAUUAUGGCCGCUUGUAUACGAUCUUUCUCAAAAGGGUGAGUAUCUAGAGGAUUUACUUUUGUCUGUCCCCGAGUUAGACGGGGUGAUUAUACAAAACAACUUCAAUUUCUGGAUCAAUUGGUCGCAAGCUGCCUCUGGGAGAGGUGUGGUAAUUACCAUGGGAGACAACGAUGUAGAUAUGUUCGGGAGACUUGUACGUGUUCUUGAGAAUUUGGAGAACGAUAUCCCGAUCCAAGUGGUCACCACCGGUAAAGAGAUGAAACCCCAAUUUAUCCAGCAAUUACGCGAGUACACUGUGCAGACAGGUCAACGUAUCCAACUUGUUGACUCUUCCCCGAUGCUGGACAGACUGUACGUGGCCUUUAAGAUCACAAGGUUCUUGAACAAGUGGGUUGCCACCAUCUUCAACACUUUUGAGGAGGCCAUCUUGAUAGAUGUCGACAGUAUCCCCUUCGUGCCGCUGUCCACGUUCUUCGAGAUCGAGAGUUACAAAACAACUGGCAUAUACAUGUACAGAGACCGGGAUAUAAAGCACGAGCAUGCGCCGGAAAAAUGUAUAGCUGAUUUCCGGAAUCUGGAGCCCUCUGUUCAAGAGACGGAUUUGAUUGGUACAUCGUUACGGUUUGAUCUCUCUCAGAGCAACGACUUGCAAAGACAGCAGCAGAACGGUGAGAGUAUUACGAUAGAGGAGGUCAUUUACAAGAAUUUUUUCCACAACUACAACCUACACCAAGUAGACAGUGGUCUUGUGGUCAUCAACAAGCACAAGCAGUUACACUCGUUACUUCUAGCAUUCCAAUUACAUUUGAGCGGUGUCUUUGAAAAAUGUGUCCAUGGGGACAAAGAGUUUUUCUGGUUGGGUCCUUUACUCUCCGGUGUCGACUACACGAUUGACCCACUUGGUAGCAGUGUCAUUGGCCAGUUUUAUGAGGACAACGGGAAAACGGGUAUCUGUGCACCCCAAAUGUCUCACUUGAACGAUUUUGAUCAAUUGAUGUGGACCAACGGGGGGCUUAAAAUUUGUAAGUUUAAGGGAGCCGCAGCCAACGAUUUUGACAAAUAUCCUGAUUUCUUCACGAACAGGUACAGUACUGUUGACAAUCUAGACUCGAUAUACAAUUCCCCGCUGGCCAUUGAGGGAGCAAUUGUACCGGACCCAGAGUCCUUGCCCUGGAUGCAGACAAGAGAGUGUCAACAGUUCCGUUUUUGCGCGUAUGCUGUUAGUGACGAAUCUGGCGGGAAUACUGUUGGGAAGCGCGUUAUAUUCAACCCUGUUGAUGCCGCCAAGUACAAUGAAAUUUCGUUUGUAUGGAAUAAUCCAGCUUUUGUUUCGUAA